AUGCUUUUAUCGUUCGCUGUACAAAAAUUACGUGCUGAAGAAGGAAGUACGAAGAAACUACACCUUCUUCGCGUCGAGAUUCCAAGACGACCUCCAAGAACAAUUGCGAUCAACUGCGGAGGCUCAUUCAAGAUGUUUUCCCGACGAAUUGCGGCAGCGCGACCACUGCGAGCUUCCAUCAUCCCACGUCAAACAACCCUCAUAUCACAAAGAUGUGCCAGCCAGGCAGCUGCCCACAGCGGCCCAGUUCUACCAUUGACCGAUAUUGAAGAUCCUAACAUGAACGGAGGAUAUAUCAACCCACCCAGAAUCAAGCGUCAAUUCCGUGACCCUAAUGCCGACUGGUGGGAUAAGCAAGAGCGAAGAAAUUACGGAGAGCCAGUUCAUGAGGAUAAUGACAUCUUGGGCAUAUUUUCACCAGAAGAAUACACACAUCAAAAGGUUGGAACGGCUGGAUUUCAAUUUGGCCUUUUUAUUUUAUCUGUGUUGGGACUUUGCACAGUCGUGGGCAUGAUGUACCCAGAUAAGCAAUCCGCUCCAAGAGAAUUUGAGGGUGGACUUGAGAGAGAGUUGGGUGGCCCAACUGCAGUUAGGGCAAGAGCUGCUGGCGAUCCAUUGUAA